AUGCUAUAUUUAAAUGAAUUAAGUAUGCUGAAGGGACUGUUUUAUUUAUUCGCUCUACUUCAUGUUCUGCUUUACCUCAACAUUGAUGCCAACACUAAUAUUCAAUUCUUAUCGUUUCUCACUCUUCAAUCUUCAGCUUCCCUAUCUCGUGGGUUAGUUGGGCUUGCAGGUUUCACUUUAGAAGAUAAAUACAGACUUUGUCUUGACGAGCUUUCAACUGCAAGAUCUGCCUUGACUCAGGCAACUGAAAAGUACGAGACUUGCAUGGAAACUUUAACCCAUUUGGAAGACGAGUAUUCUGGUAAAUGGAAUCUCUGUGGUUCUUUAAUGGCAGAUUAUGAACAAUACUGUAAAGAUGAAUACAAACCUAAAGUAUUUGGAAAUGAAUAUUGUGAGCAACUAAAAGAGCAAAUUGAUAAGUGCUUAAAUGAAAGACGAGAAUUGGCAGAUAAAGUAAAAGAGCAAAAUAAAAAAUGUGAAAAACUUGCAAAGGAUAUUAAGGAUACUACUAAAGAAUACGAAAAAAUUGAGAGAAAAUGUUCGAAAAUGGAAUCUUCUAUCUUUAGAGAACGUACUCAUGAGCAAAUUAAUGUACUUGAAGAUGAAGAUGUUAUGGAUAAGCCACUCUGCGCAAUUAAAAGAGGCGAUCAACGUAUGCUUGCUUUGAUUGUCGAGGGAACGCAGAUGGAUCUGAAAAGGUGCAGGUCGGAGUUAACUGAAUUGAAUAAUAGAUUGCAUCAUAAAAAUUAUCAAAUUGACGAACAGAGAAAAAAGAUUUCACAAACUGAAGGCGCUAAAUCAGGUAUUAAGGGUGUUUUUAAAAGUAGUGAUGAAGGUGAAUCAAGCAAAUCUUCAGAUCUUAAAGUAGAGCUAAGCACUCUAAAGAGUGAAGCAGGAGGUUUAAAGAAGCUUAUUCUUGCUCAACAAAAGAAGUGCAAGCAUUUAGAGACUAAACUAGAAAAAGCUAUUCAAAGGCACACUUUGGCUAAGUCUCUACCUACCACUACAUCCGAAACCAGGGGAACUGCAGGUUGCUUUGGCCGAUUUACCGGACUUAUUUCAAGAACUUGUAGAAGAGUGGCAAACCGAUUUACAAGGAACAACGGUAAUCGCCGUAAUAGAGCACGAAGAAGAGAAGGUGAAGUGUCGGAAACACAAUUUUGA